AGCAACAAUGGGACCUUCCUGGGGAAAAAAAUCUGGGGUUGCCGUGCGCUCCUUCUGCUGCGUACCCUACUCUUUUGAACAUUCGAACGGCUCGUGGACGAUAUGGCGGCCAUUGGGUUGGACCCGUCGACUGAAGAGUUCAGCGUCGUCGACGAGGAGAAGAGUCUUUCGGAAAAGGAAGACGCGCCUCCUGCAUUCGAUAUUACGCGGAUAUCUUCGAUCGAGCCACCUCCGAAUGGUGGAUGGGUCGCGUGGCGGCAGGUCUUAGGGGGACAUAUCGUCACGUUCUUCACAUGGGGCUUCAUCACGUCGUUCGGCAUGUUCCAGGCGCACUACACAUCCAUUGGUCUCUCCACGCCGUCCAACAUCUCGUGGAUCGGCGCGCUCACGGUGUUCUUCCUCCUCUCGACGCCGUUGAUAUCUGGCGCCGCCUCAGACACCGGCCACUUCAAAUUGGUGCUGCGCAUGGGAAUUGGGCUGUGGCUAGUGGGCAUUUUUAUGACGAGCAUCUGCACGCAGUAUUGGCAGUUUGUCCUUGCGCAGGGGUUCUGCAUAGGGCUGGCCAAUGGCUGCAUGUUCGUGCCUAUGAUCUCGGUCAUCUCGACGUACUUCGACGCGACGAAGCGGAGCUUUGCUAUCAGCAUUGUUUUGUGCGGAUCGGGGACUGGGGGCUUGGUCAUUCCCAUAAUGUUGAACAGGCUCAUCGAUCGCAUUGGCUUCGGGUGGGCUGUCAGGACUCUGGGGUUCAUGGCGCUGGGCCUGUUGUUGAUCGCGGAACGGCUGCUGAAGAAGCGUCUGCCGCCGAAGGACUCAGUCAGGAUGCUUGAGCCGAGAGAACUGAAAGAUGCGGUGUUCGAUCUCUUCAUCUUAGGAUCGGUCUUUUGCUUUGCAGGCCUCUGGUUCGCUUUCUUCUAUAUCAACGCAUUUGCGCGCAGAACACUGGGCCUUACCCUAGAGGAAUCAAUACCAUUUCUCCUGGUCCUCAACGGGGUAGGCAUACCUGGGCGCCUAAUUCCGGCAUAUAUUGCUGACCAUUACUGCCGCCCUCUCACAAUCAGCUUGAUCGUCAGCUUCGUGACAGCUCUGCUUCUUUAUUGCUGGAUAGCAAUAAGAUCGGUGGCAGGCAUGUAUACCUUUGCCGUCCUCUACGGUCUCUUUGCUGCAGCUUUGCAAGCUAUGUUUCCCGCGACUCUGGCAGAUCUUACAUUGGAGCCGAAGAAGAUCGGAACACGUAUGGGAAUGGGGUUCGCUUUGUCCAGCUUUGGAUGCUUGAUUGGAGGACCCGGAGGAGGAGCUUUAGUAGAAGUGGGUAACGGAACCUACUUGUAUGGGCAAGUGCUUGCCGGCUCCUGUGGCAUUCUUGGACUUUUCUGCUUUGGGGCUGCUGCCAUUAUGCAUGAGAGAAAAGCGAAGCAGAUGGAGGUGGCUAAGUAAAUAAGGGUUGCAUCCAUGCCCACUUACAGAUAAUCAAACACGCAGGCCAUUAUUGC